ACGGGUCAGUGGUGGAAGUCGACGGAAGUUGGGGGAAAACGAGGCUGGUGGGUCUUGGGGUGACGGGAGUAAGAAGCUUCAGAAGUCGGAGUUGAGGCCCACCGCGGGUGUGGCAGAGCCAGGACGCUAAGUUUUUCCAGAAUGGCUUCCUUUGGAUGGAAAAGGAAGAUCGGUGAGAAGGUCUCAAAGGUCACAUCCCAGCAGUUUGAAGCUGAAGCUGCUGAUGAGAAAGAUGCAGCCGGGAAAGAUGAAGGCAGCUGGCUCCACGCUGUUAAACGGAGGAAAGAGAGUCUCCUUGAAGGCUGUGCCGAGAAAAGCAAACAGCUGAAGGAUGAAGGAGCCACUCUGGCUGAAAAUAAAAGAUACCGAGAGGCCAUUCAGAAGUGGGAUGAAGCACUACAGUUAACCCCAAAUGAUGCUACCCUGUAUGAGAUGAAAUCACAGGUCCUAAUGUCUCUUCAUGAAAUGUUCCCAGCAGUUCAUGCUGCAGAAAUGGCUGUCCAGAGAAAUCCACAUUCAUGGGAAUCUUGGCAGACUUUGGGGCGUGCUCAGCUUGGAUUAGGAGAGAUAGUCUUGGCAAUUCGAAGUUUUCAAGUAGCCCUUCACAUCUAUCCAAUGAACCCUGAGAUAUGGAAAGAAGACCUUUCUUGGGCAAGAACACUCCAGGAACAGCAGAAAGUAGCAGAGAGGAUUAAAAAGAGUGAAGUACCAGCAGAAGUAACACAUUUCUCACCGAAGUCAAUUCCUGACUAUGACUUUGAAAGUGAUGAGAUUGUUGCUGUUUGUGCAGCUAUUGCUGAAAAACAGAAGACAGUUGCAGCAAAUAAAACAAUGGUUAUUGUGUCAGCUUCUGGGACUGUAGAGACUGUGACCGAGAAGGAAGACGGUGCUGUACCACCGGAUGGCUCUGUUUUUAUCAAAGCCCGAUGAAGCUUAGCAAGAGUCAUUUGAACCCAUCUUUGAUUACCACUUAACUUUUAGGUGUGGGGGCAUUUAGUCUGGAGAAACAGGGUAAAACUCCUGCUUGUUAAAUAGUUUUUCAGAUGAAGCAUAUAAAACUUAAGUGAAAGAAUUAUUGUAUAGUUUUUGGACUGUGCUUUGAUGCGUGCUUUCAGCUCAAGAUUAAAAUUCUGAGUACAUGAUUUUUUGAUUAAGAAGCUUAAUUUAAUCCAAAUAUAUAAGUGAAUGCAUUUUCAAGAUACAACUUGAAAAGUAAGUUCUCAAAUAGUGAAUAACUUGAUGGCCGGUGUUAUUAAAAUAUUGACUUGUUGAUUUUUGUUUAAAGGAAGUAGGCUUCUUUCCCUGCUAGAAAUAU